AUGUUGAGAAGGACCGCAGGAGAAGUAUUGAAGAAGAGCCCGAAAGAUGUGGUUGUGCUUUCCGCAGUGCGGAGUCCCAUCGCACGUGCGUUCAAGGGAGGGUUCAAAGAUGCUUAUCCAGAGGAGAUUCUGAUGCCGGUUAUGCAAGCUGCCAUCCAACGAGCUAAAAUCGAGCCGGGCCAAGUGAACGACGCUCUCAUCGGCAAUGUCCUCGCCGAGCUGGGAUUCGCAAAGACUGGACGUAUGGCGCUCAAUGCAGCAGGUUUUCCUAACUCCACGACUUUCCACACAGUGAACCGACAAUGCUCGAGUAGUCUACAGGCCAUUACCCAUAUUUCACAUUCGAUUCUGGCUGGGCAGAUCGAUGUUGGCCUCGGCGGUGGAGUCGAGAGUAUGUCUCGAAAUUAUGCGACCAGGGGAAUCCCAGUCGAUGUUUCUCCCGAUCUGAAAGAUUCGGAAGUCAAGGACGCACGCGACUGUAUUCUUCCUAUGCUGCAGACGUCGGAAAAUGUUGCCUCGCGAUAUGGUAUCACUCGCCAUGAGCAGGACGAGUUUGCAGCGGAGAGCCAGAGGCGGGCAAGCGAGGCCCAGAAGUCCGGCAGAUUCCUUGCGGAGAUCGUACCGGUCCGAGUGAGGCAUAUCAGCGAGGGAAUUGACGAGGAGAGCUUUCAUGUGGUUGAGCGGGACGAGGGUAUUCGCCACGGCGUUACCGUCGAUAAGUUGGCGACUCUCAAGCCUGUACUCGAGAAUGGAUUCAGUACGGCUGGCAAUUCGUCUCAAAUUUCUGACGGUGCGUCAAGCACCAUCCUUGCUCGCCGGUCCUGGGCUGAAGCUCAUGGUCUGAGACCCAUUGCCCGAUUUGCGGGCACUCAGGUGGCUGGAUGUGCUCCGGACGAGAUGGGCAUUGGGCCCAUUUUUGCUAUCCAAAACUUGUACAAGUACCUGGGUGUUGAAAACAAGGACGUUGACAUUGUUGAGAUGAAUGAGGCAUUUGCAAGCCAGUCAAUUUAUUGUCUCCGAGAGUUAGGCCUUGACCUGGACAAAGUCAAUCCCAAUGGUGGUGCUAUUGCCCUGGGUCACCCCGUUGGAGCCACUGGAGCCAGGCAAGUUGCGACUCUGCUGGCUGAAUUACAGAGGCAGGACAAGGAGAUGGGUAUUGUGAGCAUGUGUGCUAGCACUGGUAUGGGAGUUGCAUCUCUUUUCAUUCGAGAAUAG